CCCGAGUCGGAUAAUGUGAUGUUUGUAGGACUAUUGCUUUCUUUUGGAGCAAAAACGGCUAAGUCAGAAAGGUAUUCUGUCGAUAAGGAAGAUUUCGAAUCUCUGCGCUAUGGCGUCGUCUACGGUAUAUAUGGAAGCCGAUGCUUUCAGAAUUUAUUUGAGAUUGCUAAAGAGAACGAUGAGAUAGCUGCAGCUAUCAGCGAGAUCCUAGAUGCGUUUUCAGACCCAAUGGAGAAAGAACUCCCAUCUCUGUUACAAGACGACGAACGCUAUUGCACUUACAACAAAGAGUUUCUUACCACAACCACCUCGAUCCAAAGCCUAACUGAGAAGGAAUAG